GAACAAAUUCCUGGCAAGGAUAACCUUCCGAAGAAGCUCCAAAUCUUCUUGACCAACAUGACGAAGCAUUGCAGGAUUCCUUCAAGAGAUUCUCAACAGAUGUCUUCUAUCCCUGAGAUUCAAAAAGUUUUCAAGAAGAGGAGCGCGCAGAUCCGGCGGGUCUUCUUGAGCUACUCGCAGGAAGACACUGAGGAUCUUGAGGACGGAAAGGACGAGACGAUGAAUCUCAAGGAGCUCUAUCAGUUCAUGAAGGAUUCCCAGCAGAUGGACAGCAAGUUCGGCAUAUCCAAACUUGCCUCCUGCUUCGUAACCGCAAACUCGGUGGUGGCCGGCUCGAGCUCAGGGGGGGAUGACGGCACGUGGAACGACUGGGACUGGGAGCUGGAGUACGAUGAGUUCCUUGAGGUUAUUGUGCGGAUCGUGGAUUUGAAGACGAAGACAGCGGAGGGACAACUGGCGGACAAAGUCGACAAGUUCUUGUCAGACUGUUUCGCGGCAAACACGUACAACUGAAGCGCAUCUGGACUUGAGAGCACUGGACCCAACAAGAUGAAGAGACAGGCAGCGCUGGGCAUGUAGAUGUAAAUACAAGGUAGAGGAAUCGAGAAGAGCAGCUAUACUUUUCAUAAUUUAGACGGGAAAAAGAAUGUUGUUGUUC